AUGGCGAAGACACCGAGCGAGCCUCGAUUGCGGAUCAACACAAAGUCAGGCGGACGUGGUAAGCGACGAGACGUCGCGUGCCUGUCAGAGAUGUUCGAGCUCCUGUCGUGUUACAAGACGAACGCGUUCGAGGAUGCGAAGUGCGCAAACGCGAAAAAGGCUUUGGACGCAUGCUUGGAGCUCCGAGCGAAGGCACCGAAGAAGAUGAACACUAUCAAUCAUCACCUCCAAAGGCUGGCGCGGAUGACGAAGCGGUGA